GCCGGAGAGGCCGCGCGCUGGCCGGCCGGGCGCUGCCUGGCGGGAGGGGCCGGAGCCCGCGUUCCUCCUCCCUACCGGUCCUCAUCCUUAAAGCACGAGUCCCGACGCCCCGCCUGUUGGAGACAGUGCCGGGAUCCUAAGGGCGAGCAUCUGGGGCAGGCCGGAGCCGACCGAGGAGGGCCUGGGGCGACAUAGUUGCCGCGGCUGGCUCGCGAGUGCCUGGACCGAGUGUUGCGGGAACUGCGAGGGGAGGGGUCCUCCGCCAUUGCUGGCGGUCCGAGCGCCUCCGGGCCCCAGUCCGCCUUCAGGUCGGAGGAGCCGAGGUUCGGGGCCGCCGCCAGCCUCUGAGCCAGGCUCGAGAAUCGGACACUUCGGCCGCCGGUCCUUAGUUCUGUCCACCGCCCGCGCCGGGCAGCGCCGGCCGAGACCAUGUUUGACAAGACGCGGCUGCCGUACGUGGCCCUGGAUGUGCUCUGCGUGUUGCUGGCUUCCAUGCCUAUGGCUGUUCUAAAUUUGGGCCAAAUAUAUCCAUUUCAGAGAGGCUUUUUCUGUAAAGACAACAGCAUCCAGUAUCCGUACCAUGACAGUACCAUCACAUCCACUAUCCUCACCAUAGUGGGGCUGGGCUUACCCAUUUCCUCUAUGAUUGUUGGAGAAACCCUGUCUGUUUACUGUAACCUUUUGCACUCAAAUUCCUUUAUCAGGAAUAAUUACAUAGCCACUAUUUACAAAGCCAUUGGAACCUUUUUAUUUGGUGCAGCUGCUAGUCAGUCCCUAACUGACAUUGCCAAGUAUUCAAUAGGCAGACUUCGGCCUCACUUCUUGAAUGUAUGUGAUCCAGAUUGGUCCAAAAUCAACUGCACUGAUUCAGGUUACAUUGAGUACUAUGUAUGUCGAGGAAAUGCAGAAAAAGUUAAGGAAGCCAGAUUGUCCUUCUACUCAGGCCAUUCUUCAUUCUCCAUGUACUGCAUGGUCUUCGUGGCACUUUAUCUUCAAGCCAGGAUGAAGGGAGAUUGGGCAAGACUCUUACGCCCUACACUGCAAUUUGGUCUUGUUGCUGUAUCCAUUUAUGUGGGCCUUUCUCGAGUUUCUGAUUACAAACACCACUGGAGUGAUGUGUUGACUGGACUUAUUCAAGGAGCUAUAGUUGCAAUAUUAGUUGCUGUAUAUGUAUCAGAUUUCUUCAAGGAGAGGAAUUCCCCUUUUAAAGAAAGAAAAGAGGAGGACUCACAUACAACUCUGCAUGAAACACCAACGGCAGGAAAUCACUACCGGAGCAAUCACCGGCCUUAAAGGGUGGCAAGGUGGCAGAUGAAGCUGGUCUGCUUUCUAAAGAAAAACAACUGCAACCAGAAGGCAAGAAGAUGUACCCUUCUUCUUGGUGUACAGGCAUUUAUGGGACUGCUGCUACUAUACCUCUUGGAUGCCCACUUUAUUUGUGUAAAUAGUUCCAGUUAACACAAUGCUUAAUACCUGAAGUUCAUUCAAAAAAUUUCAAGCCUUCCACUAAAAAAAUGCCCCACCUAUACAUUUUUAUUAAAAAAUGUAAUGCUUAUGUACAUAUGUGUAUGUAAUACGCUUUCUUAGGAUGACUGAUUUAAAUAUAAUACAUAUUAAAAUG